AUGUCGAACCAAUACUCGUACGCAGCAGGAGGAGGUGGAGGGGGAGGGGGAGGGGGAGGUGGCGGCUAUGGAGCACCGCCUGCUGGCCAGCACGGUGGUUAUGGACAGCAGCAGUAUGGAGGAGGAGGAGGAUACGGUGCACCGCCUCAGCAGCAAGGCGCGUAUGGCGGUGGAUAUGGUGGUGCGCCUCCUGCGGGUCAGCAGCAAGGCGGAUAUGGUGCGCCUGCUGGCGGCCAUCAACAGGGCGGCUAUGCAGGUGGUGGUCAGCAGUCGUCGUACGGUGGGGCUGCUCAAGGAUACGGUCGUCCUCAGGUGUUCAAUGCGUCGACCGGACCUCCUCCAGGAGCGGACCCGCAGCUGUGGCAGUGGUUCAUUGCAGUCGACCGAGAUCACAGUGGCCAGAUCAACGCGCAGGAGCUCAGCCAAGCACUGGUCAACGGAGACUGGACGCCGUUUGACCUGGACACGGUCAAGAUGCUAAUGAGCGUAUUCGACGUCGACCGGAGCGGACAGAUCAGCUUCAACGAAUUCGCAGGCCUCUGGAAGUACAUCCAAGAUUGGCAGGGCGUCUUCCGUCACUUUGACCAGGAUCGAUCCGGAUCCAUCGACCAGAACGAACUGUCGAACGCUCUGCAAUCGUUUGGCUACCGGCUUUCGCCCAAACUGCUGCACAUUGUGACGCAAAAGUACAUCCUUUCUACUGCAGGUGGUAUGGCUUCCUCAGGCGCACCUAGAGGCGGUGCACCAGGUAUCACGUUUGACCGCUUCGUACGUGCAUGUGUCGUCAUCAAGACCCUCACCGAGUCGUUCCAACGCCAAGACACGAACCGGUCCGGUUGGGUGCAGAUCAACUACGACACAUUUAUGGAAAUGUGCCUUUCGGCGCCCUAA